UAACAUCUCCCUGCUAUUACUAGCAAUUUUUUUUCUUGGUUGACUGCAGAAAGUCAAAAGUUGCAACAUAUAGCUGCGUCGGUAAACAUACUUCCACCUUAAUUCUUGUUCUGAUCUCUGAGGCGUCGGCCAUUAGAAACUUGACACAAAGUCCUUUUGAUAGAGCAGUCACCCGGUCAGCCUUUGCAAUUGUAUUAUAGUAUAGGACAAUCCACUGAAUAGACUUCUUUGUUUUCAUUGGUAAAAUACUCAGCAGUCCAAGUAUUUUAGUGUCUUCAUUUCGUUAUUCCACAAAACUUUCAUCGUUUUUAGGCCUGUUAAGAUGGAAACCGAAGAGGUAGCAUGAGUUUUACUAGAAGUAUAUUUCUUUUUUCCUUUUUAUGCAAUUUUCCAAAUGGGCUCCUCAGGCGCAGGAGUAGGUCUCUCCUCCUUCUCCUCCUCCUCCUCUUCCUUCUGCUUAUUGAUUUUCUUCUUCCUACCACAUCUAUCCCUGUCUGUUAGAAUAUGCAAGCCUGCUUCGUGCAGUGAAAUGGGAUUGGGACCUCCAGUCAGGUUCCCUUUUCGGCUAAAAGGGAUACAGGACCAAAACUGUGGCUACCCAGGUUUUGAUCUUUCUUGCAAUAAUCAUAGCCAAACAAUCCUCAGCCUUCCCCGCUCCGGCGAAUUCAGAGUCAACUGGAUUAAUUACUCUGAACAAACCAUAUAUAUCAAUGAUCCGGGCGACUGCCUUCCCAGAAGAGUUUCAAACUUCAGUGCAGUAGAUUCUUCAUUUAGAGCAGCUCCAAACAGCUACACGUAUUUCAACUGUUCCUUAGAAUGGGCAGCAUACAGGACGACGGAUAAUCUUAUGCCGCUUUUUUGUUAUGGUGAUUAUAAUUCCACGAUCGUGGCUACUCCUAGUCGUUAUUCGUCCGAAAUCCCACCCUCGUGUCGCUUAAUACGAAAUGCUUCGAUUCCGCUUCGCUUAUCAUACGCGGAGUUUUGGUCGGAGACAAUUGUUGAAGAAGAUCUUGAGUUGGUAUGGGACCAGCCAGCAGGAUGCCGAAGCUGCGAAAAACGGGGUCUGUAUUGUGGGUUCAAGAGCAAUUCCGGGUUGGAAAUUGGUUGCGGCCGUCUUCCUAGAAAAGGCCUUCGAAGAGGUGCCAUGUAUGGCAUUAUCAUUGGUGUCGGCAUACCGGUGCUUGUGUGCCUUGUGGGGCUCGCAUGUUAUGCCUGCAACAAAGUCAGAGACUUCGGCCAACGUCGCAGUCUAAACACUGAGCUAUCCACCGCUGGGACGAGUCUUCCACCGGCGUCUGUGACGGUAACAGGCCUUGAUGCACCGACAAUUGAAUCUUACCCGAAGACGGUGGUCGGAGAAAGUCGCCGGCUUCCUAAUCCUAGCGAUGGCACUUGCCCAAUAUGCUUGGCUGAGUACCAGCCUAAAGAAACCUUGAGGAGUAUACCAGAAUGCAACCAUUACUUUCACGCCAGCUGCGUCGAUGAAUGGCUUAAGCUCAAUGGGACGUGCCCUUUGUGCAGGAAUUCACCAGAAAGCGCAUCGACCACUCCCUGUUCAUCCACGCCUUCAACAUUUUCAGCAUCAUCUUCAGCGUAGAUAUACAUCAUCAGGGUGGAGGGGGUAACCAUCCUGGCUUUUUUUGAUAAAGCAAAUCAGACGUAGAUUUUACUGUAUAUAAUACUGAGUGCAAUUUUUCCAUAUACUUUCCACUUUAAGAGAUUGCAUAAAGAGCAAUUAAAGGGACGUUUGCUAGCUAGAUUUUGGGUGGCGCAUUUAGGAGAAGCAAGCAAAGUAAGAUGGGAGAGCAGAAGGUUGCAAAAUACUACUCUAAUACAGCUCAAAUUGGAGAUGUACUGGGCACUUCAGUGGCCCUCUUUUGAGUUCUUCCUUUUUCGUACCUCAUACGUUCUGUUUGCCGAGUAGCUACAUUUUCCUCGAUCAAUGACCAAUUUAUCAAUUAGUCUCAA